AUGGCAGGCCGAUCCGAGAAAAAGCGCUCCCAUAGGCAGAAAACCGCGGGGUUCGUCUACUCCCUCAUAGCCAUCAUUUGCGAGGGUCUGUGGAUCAUGCGCAACGUGAUUUACCCAUCGGAUGCAGUGAAGGCGGAAUUCAGCACGCUCGCCUGGAGGGUAGCGCUCAUUACUGUCUCCUACGUAGUCAGUGUCUACAUCAUCUACGACAGCAUCAGGGUCGGCGUGUCUUUCAGCCUGUCUAACGACCUAUUCUGUCUGACGACGGCGGUCUGUGUGCUCAGCUUCUUCGUGAACUGGGCUUUCAAGCUGUUCUACAUCGUCCCGCUUUACUUCCUGUACAAAAUCGGUGCCUUCGUGGUCGGAUGGGCGCUGACCCCCGAACCUGAGGUUGAAGCGAGCUCGAAGCGGGCCGAAAAGUUGAAACGGAAGUACAAAGUCAUCAGCGCUCGCCCGAUGGAGGUCGUUGAGGACGUCGAGGUGAAACAGCCUACUGCCAGCACGCCGGCUGCCGGGUCCGAGGAGUCCCAUAUCAGCGCCAAGCUUCAGGGCACGGAGCUGUACAAGAAAGGCGAUCUGGAUGGAGCCAUUGAUGCAUGGUUCCAGGGAUUGCGAGCUUUGCAGUUCAUCCUCAACAAAAAGGAGGAGUUCCACCGCGACGCGGCGUCCGACGAGGACAUGCAGAAAAAAUGGGACUUCUUCGUGACAUCGUACGUUCAGCUCUCCUCUAACAUGUCGCUGGCGCUGCUGAAGAAGGGGGACUAUGCGGGGUGCAUAAAGUACUGCAACGACGCACUGCAGUAUGACAAAGGCAACCUGAAGGCGUUCCUCAGGCUCACGCAGGCCAAUGUCGAGCUCGGGCAGUUCAACAAGGCCAUCCAGCAUUGCAACGAGGCUCUGCAGAUUCACCCAGAAAACGCGGAGCUGAAAAUGCUCAAGAAGAAGGUCCUCGCGCAGGCGGCGGCUCACGACCGGCUGCAAAGGCCCAUCAUGAAGGGGAUUUUCCAGAGGAUGGAGACGGACCCGCGGUCGCUCUCCGGGCCCAAGGAGUCACUCGUCUCCAAGGCGCUGUCGAAGGCGGCAGGUAUCGCAUGGAAGGUGGCGCAUCCAGUGCUCAGGUUUUUAGGCCGGUACGUGAAGGCGGUGCUAAUCGAUUACGUGGUUAAACCGUUCAAGGCGGCACAGAACCUAUGA